AUGGAGAUCUCGGUUGCUGGAAGCGGCUCACUUGCCAGAAAUGUGGGCGCAGAUGACACCCCUCUGAAAAAUGUUUUUUUCGCGUGUCGCGCCUGCGGUGAGAUGCAUGACCCGGGGAAGUGUCCCAUGGAGGAGUUCUACAACAUGAUCCGCCAGUGGUACGUCUUAACCAAGCAUGCGGGGAUGCUGCCAGAGAAGGCCGAGAAGAUGUUAAACUAG